GUGUAAAGAGUUUGUUUCAUUCUGGAAAUUGAUAGAUGUUUUUCUUUUAAAUUGGUUCUACUCUCUACAAUGUCAAUAAUUUACUAUUUAUUUAGUUCAACUAAUAAUUAUUUUUUUUAGUUAGUAUCAGUCCAUCAAAAUUUCCAUCCUUUAAGUAACAGGAUGGUUUUAACACUUUUACGAGCAACUAGUCGUAAAGCUUUUGGAUCCUUUGUAACAAGGAAAAUCACCUUCAACCAUAAUGAUGGAUGUGAUCAUGAUGAUAAUAAGCAACAGAAAGGUGCUCCAGACGAGAAAUCGUACCAAUGCAGGCUCGAAAGUUUCAUCAACUUCCAGCGAAUGGUAUUUCAGAGCAUUGGAAUAUUUGGAAGUCUCGUAUUGAUAGGUACAAAAUGUCAUACCGACUGCAUUCGCGUCAAGACAAGUGCAAACUUCAACAUACCACAUGAUAAUAGAUGUUCAUUUCUCGAUGGUUUGAACAAAAAUUUGCCUGACAUAAGAUCUCAUUCAUACAAUCAGUUAAAUGUACUGCCUCUUCAUAUUCUACCUGAUUCAUCUUCAUCAUGUGAAAAUAACGAAAGUAAACCUAAAAAUGCAAUCAAAGACGAUAACGUUAUUGAUAAGAUUCUUCAAAACAUGAAACAUGAGAUGGACGUUUUCGCUGAUGAGUUUAAAAAUGUUAAAGCAUCAAUGCUUUUGUAUAAUAAGCGAGUCGAUGAAGCAAUAAAUUUACUCAAGUCUUGUCCAAAUAGUGCCAAAGCGAUGUUCAACUUAGGAAUCGUCUAUGAAUCUGGCCAACAUGAUCCAAUCAAUGGAAUACCUAACUAUACUAAUGCAUUAAAAUACUAUACAAAUGCAGCCCAUCUUGGCCACAGUUUAGCUCAUUAUAAUUUAGCAUUGAUCUACCUUUACGGUAAAAAACCAAUCCAAGCGGAUCCAGCAAAAGGAAUGAGCCUAUUGCAUAGAGCAGCGGAACUUGGUGUUGAAGAAGCUAUAAAUUUUGUAAGAGAGCAAAGUCUGAUUCGGUCCGAGGAAAGAGAUUUGCGAAUUCGACGAUCUCAAGAGUUAUUUGACCAGAUCAAGAAAACUAAUAAUAAUAAUUUUCACACUUCUCAAUCUUCACCGAACUUUUUGACAUCAAUCAUCGGCUUUUUGGAGCCAACCAUCAAAGAUUUGCCCCCUAAACAAAGCUCGAUGAUUGACGAUGAACUACUUUCUUCCUCAGAUGAAGCAUUUUACGACAGUGAUGAUUCUCUUGAAAUUGUAUUCUCUGAUGAAUAGUUAUUAAGUUAACAGUUGUGUUUCUUUGAAUGUAAAUAUUAAUCAUAAACAAAUUCAUGACCAAUAUUAUGAAAACAGAAAAAAAUAAAUCUUACCAAUUUUUUGUCUUCA